AUGUCAUCAUUCCGGGAUCUUGACCACGAUUGGACAAACGUCCUCGGCCGUGUUUCUGUCGUCAACUAUGACGGCAAAACUAUACUUGACAGUUUUGUAUACUACCCCGAGCCCGUCCAUAUCAUAGACACCGACGAGAGGUUUUCUGGAAUUCGCUGGGCCGAUAUCAAUCCGCAGAAUGGCGUUAGUCCUUUUUCCGAAGUUCAGGCUAAACUUGGUGAGCUUCUUCGUGAUAGGGUUGUGAUCGGCCACGAUAUUGAAAAAGAUUUGAGGGUCCUCACUUUGGAUUUGGCUGCUCGCGUCUUGCAGCUUCAAGGCGUUGCUCGUUCAGCCACCUGUCUCAAGUUCGACAUGUCAGUCCGCGAUACACAAAAGUAUAGUGGGUACCGCAAAUACGCCAACCCCGGUGCCCACCAAGGCCCUAAUCUCAAGAAUCUAGCGCUAAGGGUUCUAGGCCGCUCAAUCAAGCAGGGCCCUGUGUCGAAUAUAGAAGAUGCUGUUGCCACUAUGGAGACAUAUCGCAAGGCUGAGGUGGAAAUUGAUUGGGAACAAGAGCAGUAG